AUUUUUAUUAAAGUUAAUUCAGCACUGUCAUUAUUAAACAAUCAUCGUGAGUCUUCACUUUUACUCAGUUCCACUUUCCUAAACCCAUCGUCAAGAUGGUUUCUUUGUUAAACCCUCUUUUGUUAUUUUCUGAACUAGCACUAGUGUUUAUUAGUACCGCAGUAUUCAUCUAUUAUUUAUAUUACCAACGAUGUUUCACCUACUGGAAGAAAAAAGGUCUGCCAAGUCUCAACCCUAAAUUCCCUGUUGGUGACCUGUCAUUAGCAGCUUGGGGGAAACACAGCAUUUUCGUUCGUCUACAGGACAUCUACAACGAAUUGAAAUCACAAGGUCACAAACACGGUGGUGUUUACUUCUUCAACGGUCCUAUUUACAUACCAGUUCACCCAGAUAUGGUAAAAAAUGUCUUAGUCUCCGACUUUGACCACUUCGUUGACAGAGGGAUGUACGAAAAUUCGGAAAAACUACCACUAAGUUCACACAUUUUCUCCAUGAAGGGUGACCAAUGGAAAAACAUAAGAACGAAAAUGUCACCAACUUUCACAUCUGGAAAAAUGAAGAGUAUGUACAACAUCGUGGUAAAGUACAGCGACAACUUAGUUAAGUUACUCCAACCGUUAAAUGGGUGUGAAGUUGACGUUAAAGACUUGUGUAGGAGAUUCACGUGUGAUAUCGUAGGAUCAACUUCAUUUGGAAUCGACUGCAACAGUCUGGAUAAUCCAGACACUGAGUUCGUGCGCAUGGUCGAAAAAAUCUUCAGUCACUCCAGCUGGAAAUUGCUGAAAGUUGCUUUCGAAGAAGGGCUACAAAAUCCGGGAAACAUUAUCAAAAUUUCCCACAGCGAUAAAACUGUGGAAAAGUACUUUACGAACUUGGUGAAAGACACCGUUGAUUAUCGCGACAAGAACAAAGUGACGAGAGACGAUUUUCUGAAUAUUCUCAUACAACUGAGAGAUUCUGAAGGGAUGUCUUUCACAGAAAUUGUGGCUCAGUCGUUUUUGUUUUUUACUGCCGGGUUUGAAACUUCUUCGUUGACCAUGAGCUACUGCAUUCACGAACUAGCACAUAAUGAAAAUCUACAAGACCGAAUAAGAGCUGAAAUUCAAAAAAAUUUGGGGGAAGAUAGUACCAAGUAUACUUAUGAAGACAUUAUGAAUUUACCGUGCCUGGAUAAAAUGGUGAAAGAAACUUUGAGAAAGUACCCCCCAGCAGCAAUGCUCAAUCGUAUUUGUGUUAAAGACUACCAGAUUCCUGGUACUGACAUCGUAAUCGAAGAAGGUACUCCGGUCAUAGUUCCACUACUAGGACUUCAACGAGAUCCAGAUUACUACCCAAAUCCUUUAAAGUUUGAUCCUGAACGAUUUAGUAGUGACAAUAAGAUCACACCUUACACGUACCUACCAUUUGGAGGUGGUCCCAGAAACUGUAUCGGUUUAAGAUUUGGUUAUAUGCAAAGCAAACUCGGUCUGGCUACGCUUUUAAACAAUUUUAAUUUUUUUCCGAGCCCGAAGACACCACGACAUCUCGUUGUGGAUCCAAGUACUACUACAAUAGCACUAAAUGUAGUGGGUGGUGUGCAUGUACGAAUUUUAAAGGUACAAUAAUAAACUGUCUUUCCAGAAUUAAAA